GGAGGCAGAGUGAGACUCCGUCUCUCUUUAAAUAAAUAAGUAAAUAAAUAAAGUGUGCAACCAGUGAAAAGAAAAGCAUUGUGAAAUACAAAGCAGCUCUGUGGGUUCCACUGGUUUGCAGCCUCUGAGCUAAUUUCUGAAGUGGGUGUAGCAGGUUUUUGCUCUGUAAAUUAUGGUGAUUUGCUGGUCAGGGUAGAUGAUACUUGUGUGUGGGGAAGGGAUGAUGGCAACAGAUGUUCUCCUUUUGCAAAAAGUAAAAUGUGGGAGUGACUUCUUUGGAUGACUUCAUGGUCUCUCACCUCAGAGCCAUUUGCAGUAAAAUUUUUAUAGUUUUAAAAAUAUGAUUCUGAACAAUUUUUGUUAGAGUUAUUUUGGGAUUUUAAAAUAGUUUUUUAGUUGUAUAUAUUGUAGAAUUCUUAAAAUUAUACAAUGAUAAUUUAUAAAAAUGCAUACAGUUAUAAUUCAUAAAAUUAUACCUCCACUGGCCAUUCUCAUGUAGCUGGGAGCAGUUGGCACCAACAGGGCCACAUCCCAGUGCUGACCUGCUCUGCAGGACCCAAGGAAGGCGAGCAUAGCCUACCAGCCUUUUUGAGUAGCCCAGCGACAGCACCUGGGGCUUCGAAGGCUUUCAUCCGAAAAUUGUGGGCGGAAACUUCCAGGGGUUUGCUCUGAGCUUCUUGAAACUUCUCAGUUUCAGAUGCAAAGUGAGUGGGUGUUUCUCUGAGAAGCAGAAUCAGAGAGAGAGAUAGAGACAGAGAAAGAGAGAGGUGUUUCCCGUAGCUAUGGAAACUCUAUAAGAGAGAUCCAGCUUCCCUUCUCUUGAGCAGUCAGCAACAGGAGUCCCGUCCUUGACACUUCAGCCUCUACAGGAUUAGGAAGAAGUAAGACCAUUUGCUGGGGCUGGCUGGAGUCACCGGCUGCCAUGCAGCAGCCCUUCAAUUACCCAUAUCCCCAGAUCUACUGGGUGGACAGCAGUGCCAGCUCUCCCUGGGCCCCUCCAGGCACAGUGCUUCCCUGUCCAACCUCUGUGCCCAGAAGGCCUGGUCAAAGGAGACCACCGCCACCGCCGCCGCCACCACCACCACUACCACCUCCACCACCACCACCACUGCCUCCGCUACCACUGCCACCCCUGAAGAAGAGAGGGAACCACAGCACAGGCCUGUGUCUCCUCGUGAUGUUUCUCAUGGUUCUGGUGGCCUUGGUAGGACUGGGACUGGGGAUGUUUCAGCUCUUCCACCUUCAGAAGGAGCUGGCAGAACUCCGAGAGUCUACCAGCCAGAGGCAUACAGCAUCAUCUGUGGAGAAGCAAAUAGGCCACCCUAGUCCACCCCCUGAAAGAAAGGAGCAGAGGAAAGUGGCCCAUUUAACAGGCAAGCCCAACUCAAGGUCCAUGCCUCUGGAAUGGGAAGACACCUAUGGAAUUGUCCUGCUUUCUGGAGUGAAGUAUAAGAAGGGUGGCCUUGUGAUCAAUGAAACUGGGGUGUAUUUUGUAUAUUCCAAAGUAUACUUUCGGGGUCAGUCUUGCAACAACCUGCCCCUGAGCCACAAGGUCUACAUGAGGAACUCUAAGUAUCCCCAGGAUCUGGUGAUGAUGGAGGGGAAGAUGAUGAGCUACUGCACUGCUGGGCAGAUGUGGGCCCGCAGCAGCUACCUGGGGGCAGUGUUCAAUCUUACCAGUGCUGAUCGUUUAUAUGUAAAUGUAUCUGAGGUAUCUCUGGUCAAUUUUGAGGAAUCUCAGACAUUUUUUGGCUUAUAUAAGCUCUAAGAAAAGCACUUUGGGAUUCUUUCCAUUAUGAUUCUUUGUUACAUGCACUGAGACUGUUGUAUUCAAUGAGGGCCUUCUUAUGCUCAUUUGAGGUCAAGUAAGAAGACAUGAACUAAGUGGACCUUGAGACCACAAGGUUCAAAAGGUCUGUAGCUCCUCACUCACCUAACGUUUAUGAGCCAGACAAAUGGAGGUAUAUGACUGAAGAAUAUCUGGGCUGCCAUGUGAAGAGGCAGAAGCGUGGAAAAGCAGCUGCCAGGUGUUCUACAUUCAUCUUCAGUGCCUGAAAGUAUUUGGGCACAUUGAAAAGGACACCUUUUAACUCACCUCUCAGGGGUGGGCCUUGCUACCUCAAGGGUGACUGUCUUUCUGAUACAUGGUUGUGACAUGGUUGUUUAAGGGAUGGGAAAGGAGGACUAGAGGCUUGCAUAAUAAGCUAAAGAGGCUGAAAGAGGCUGAUGCUCCACUAGCAGCAUCUUCACUUCUAAACACACAGCCUGAGCCAUCGCUGAUAGUAACAGAGAAGCAAGAGAGAUAUUAUGGGGACCCAUUCAUUCCUAACACAGCAUGUGUAUUUCCAGUGCAAUCGUAAGGGUGUGUGUGUGUGUAUGUGUGUGUGUGUGUGUGUGUGUGUGACUAAAGAGAGAAUGUAGAGAUUAUGAAAUACAUAUUAGGAAAAUAUGGGUUGCAUUUGGUGAUAGAGUUUGAAUGCUUCUUGACAAUAAACUCUAAUAGUUCUUAAAAAUUAUUGAUUUUCAGCUACUGAUGAAGUUUUCCUAUAAUAUAAUAAAUAUUUAUAUAGAUGUACAUUUUUGGGAAAAGAAAACAUGUAAUAUAAAGUAUAUGUUAGGAUACAGAUAAUUUUUAGCAAAUAUUUUACUAAAAUUUGAAUUUUUUGCUUAUUAUUUCUUUCUUCUAUGGUUUCUUUUUUUUUUUUUUUUUUUUUGGUUUCUUUAUUCAUUACAAUGCCAGACCACUUUAAGAAGAAUUUGCUGGGGUGAGAAGAACUAUGAGGCAACCUUUCCACCUUUGCCCAGUCUUCUUUCUCUCUAUAUAUUUUCUUCCCUCUUCACCUCCCAGAGAUUCCAUUACCAAUAUUAUGACCAGUGUUAAGCUUACCCAAUUUUCCAUAGAUUUGAUGAGAAAUUAUCUUUUCCUGAAGGCACAACCAUGGCACAGUGAAAAGGGCACAUAUUUUGGAUUAAAAAACUUAGAUUUGAAUCUUUGUUUUUCCGUCUACUACCUAUGUAAUCACUGGUCAGGUCUCUUGACCUUCCUUGAACAAAAAAAGAGCUGAUGUGUACAUAAAAUACAGACACAUAGAACAUAAAAAAAUGGUGUCUACCAUUACUAAUCAGCCACUCUGUUAGAGCUACUUUGUUCUCCAGAGGCUACUGGUCUGUGGGAUCCAUCUAAGCACAUGGUUUCUUGUAUUCUCAUACUUGUUACUCACAAUGCCCUUUUCCUGGUUUCUUCAACUACUCAUUGUCAUGGGUGCUCCCUAGACUUUGUUAUCAUUAAAAAGUAUAGUAAUUCCUUUGGCAUUUGAUUUCAGAUGUCUUAUUUUCACAACAUCAUCUCCUAUUAUUCUAGUGGAAUUGGUCUAACAUUUUCUUUAUGAAAACUUUUUUGAAAAUAUUAAGACUUCUCUAAUAAAUGAACUUUAUUAUUUUCAUAUAUAUAUAUAUACAUAUAUAUAUGUGUGUAUAUAUAUAUGUAUAUAUAUAUAUCAGCUCCUUCCAUAUCUUCAUUUCUCUCUAUGUCCAGCAUAUUUCAUCAUCUGUCAUGACAUCCAGUACCUUGGAAAGACUCUGAACUCUAAAAUACUCUCUUCCUCCACUGUAUUCCCUUUCCAGAAAUUCUAUUUGCUUUAAGCUGUCAUCCUAGCAGCUGGGUGUUGCUGGACAAAAAUUACCCAAACAGACUGCCUAGUGUUAUUUUAUUUUUAUCUAACACGAAUUUAAAUCAAUCAAUUAUUGAUCUGUCACUGAUUUAGUUUUAUUUUUUGAUUGAUUUGAAUAAGUAGUACACGUACAUGGUACAAGGGCAGAGACAAGGAAAACUGCUGGGUGACCAGAGUUAAAACUAUCAUUUAGAAUAUAUUCAAAUACUUGUUGAAUACGUUAACGAACAAAACCAAGGCUUCAGGUUGAAAAUUGUCAUCUGCUCUCCCUAAAACUCUUGUAUUCAUUCAUCUGCUCUGGAGGGUCAGGUUCCUUAACAGGUGCCUCCUGGAGAAAUUCCAGUAGGUACAUUUACCCUUCCGAUGGCUGACUGCUGGACUGUAUUCCCAGCCCUGAGGGUGAAAUCCUCCUCAUCCACUCUCUCCCCUUUUGGCUUCAACUAUCAAGUAUGCCAGUUCCAAAGGGUCAUAGGAAGUUGGCUAGACCAUGAUUCUUUUGCAAAUGGACCCUUCUAGAUAUUGGUACAAGAGCACAGUGUAAGUGGGGAGGGGCCUGAGCAUCCCGAGCUGAACUGAUGCUGUCAGCUGGUAAUGAUACUGCUGACACUUUCAUCUCCCUAAGUCUGAGCUGCACUAGGAUGCCUUUGGGACUUUCUGAAGGUAGAAUUGUAGCUCACUAUGCUUUACUGAUUCCAGAGAAGAGGUACUGACAGUCCCUUUAGGAACCUUAAUUUUUUUUUUAACCUCAGUUGGAACAUAAGGAAUGUAAAAAAUUCAAAGCUUUUUAAUAUGUUUAUUGAAAAUUGGAUUGGCAUUGUUCCUUUAUGAAAUGCUAAACCCAAAGUAGAACACACCACAAACACAUACAUACGUAAAGGGUGCUUCUAGUUCAGUAGUUUGAGGUUUUCAUUUUUUUUUCUUUCUUUUCAAGCAACCAAAAGCACAUGAAACCCACUUCUUUUCUCAGUCCCCCAGUGUGGUGACUUUGUCUUCUCUGAAGUAGGUUUUGACUUACCACAGUUAACAGGAAAAGAGCUCUAUUGUGGGGGCAUCAUUGUGUGACUUAAGUGAAACAGUCACUCAUAGAAAGAGGAGAAUUGGAGAGAGAAGCUGCCCGCCACCCCCACUCCCCAAAGUCACUGUAUAAACUUUCCUUAGUGGGUUAAGCCCUGGACUUGCCCUGGUCCUUAUCUAAGGAAGUAUGGAGGCCACGUGUUGAAUUACAUUUUUCUAAGGGGUCUGGUAAGUUCUGGUGUUUGUAGAGAUACAUUUUUACGUUCUGAUUUCUUUUUCUUUCCCAAGGCUUUUGAUCAUCCAAAGACAGAAUGUGGGGAUUCUAGAAAAGGGAAAUUAGAACCCCAUUCCUUAAGGGAAAGGGUUCAGAAAUAAAUCCUAUUUGGAAAUAGUAAGUCAUUGAUGGUACAGGGACCUUUGGGAUUCACUUGGAAACUAAUCUGCCUUGGCAAUGUAGAUAGUUAAGUCGGUACUCUGUCCUUACAGGUUCACCCAGAAGACAGGAACGAAUCAUGCCAGUGAUGACUUUCUCACUUUUAUCAAAGCUUCCCCUUUACUGGGAAACAUUUUUCUAGAGUUCUGGCUGGUACAUCAUCAGAAAAAGGGCAAUGCAGAUAUUCCUCCUCCCCUUCUUGGACAUUCCUUCGGCCCUAUGGGAUCACCCCUUUCUUCUAAUUCUCCAUGGAAUGACAUACGCCUCCAUUUCACAUUCUGUGGAAAGUUUAUUCUUCAAGUUUUCUGAGAAUUUCAGGGAAGACCCUCAUUCCCUUGGGCAGUCCACGUUAUCGCAAAUUGCCUGGCUUUCGCUGGUUUCUGCAGUGGACUGCUAUCUACAUUCCUGACGUGCCCACUGUGGAAUGCCUUUGUUGCCAACCAGGCAUCACUACCACAAGUUGCUGUGUAUAAAAUUAACUGAAGGUUUGAGGCAAUGGAGACACAUUACCUUAUGACAACACAGAAUAAGCCACACCUAAAAAUUAGACAUCACCACCAUUCCUCAGAUUUGCCACAAGUGUCUCCUUAAACUUACCAUUAAAAAUUCUAGUAUUUGAAAUAGUA